AUGGACUUCGUAGGUUUUCCAAAACGCAAAUAUGCAAGCGACGAACCAUUUACCUACACAAUCCUUCCUUCACCUACUUCCAUACGAUUGCUUGAGAUAAGAUCAAAACUAUUGGGUCGCACCAAAUACUCUUUUCAUGUGGUGGAACUUGCUGAAGCUCCGACAUUCGACGUUGUAUCUCAUUCUCGUAGAGAUCUGGUUCCACGGAACCACAUCAUACUUUGCGAUGGCAAGAUAUUGAAAAUAUGUGCGGACGCAAAAGAUGCAGUCAAAGCGGGAAAAGAUAUUGGUGCGAAAACUUCUAGAAAGACGAAGAUACGAUACAUUUGGAUUGAUUCUGUAUGCAUCAAUCCAGAAGAUGCCAUGGAUCGCACUGUCCAAAUUUCAAUCUUACCAGAAAUACUCAAGAAAGCUCGGAAUAUCAUCGCUUGGCUCGGGAAGAAGGAUGCCUUCACUUAUGAUGCUUUGAAAGCGCUCAAAACACUAUCUUUAGUACCACAUGAUGAGUGGUCGAAUUUAGUUAGUCUGGAUUGGGACUACCAGAAGAGUUACUUUGAGAGGCUCAAUAUUGUUCCCUUACAACUGCGAUCAUGGCUUAGCCUGAUAGCUUUCUUCAAUAGACCUUGGUUUUCAGGGAUUUGGGCUGUACAGGAGGUGGCGAUGGGGAACAAUGUAAUCCUUUCUUGCGGCAAGAAUGUAGUUCCUUGGGAAAUGGUUUCGAAAACAUUGUCCUUUUUGACCCACACCGGAUGGUAUAAAGAACUGCACACUAAUCAUUUGACAGAUUUUCCUGGUGAUGGAUUGAAUGGCAGGCGACUGAAAAAAUACCAGAUACUACUGAACUCAGACACUGGUUUUAAGAUGGCAGUAAUACAGCUUGAAUCCACUCGAGCAGGGAGGGAAUCCACUCAAAUUCUUCCGUUAUUUCGAUAUCUUCUUCGCGCUCAUCGGUAUUGUGAAGUUUCUGAUAAACGCGACAUUAUUUAUGGUCUGCUUGGUUUAUCGAGGAAAGACAGCCUUCCGUUCACAAAGUUUCCAGAUGCCCUUUCACCCAAUUACGAAAUCGCUGCACAAGAUGUGUAUAGCACCGUUGCUAAAAUAUUGCUCCGAUGUUACGGUCUUGGUAUCUUGUCCGAUGUUCAGGACUCGGUAGCGUCUAUACCUAACCUACCAACCUGGGUCCCGGAUUAUAGCGUCCCAAGAAGACCUCUGCCAUUUUCAAUGCGUGGCGACUGUAGUUGGAGUGCAUGUGGUGAUUUGAGAUGGAGACCAGAAUUCUCGGAGACAGAUUCUACGUUUUUAAAGUUGCAAGGCAUACCGCUCGAUGUCGUUUGUGAAAAGGUCAAACAACAGAAUAAGUCAUUACACCCGAUGGAAUUCUUGGAUGGAGUAUAUGAAGUUGCAGCUAAUCUUGAUCCUAUAUAUCCCAUUUCGAUGGGUGGCAAGUUUCAAUCUUCGCGGGAAGUUGUAUGGCGCACUCUUUUAGCCGAUGCAUACCAAAAAGAACAUCCGGCACCACAAGAAUGCGAAGAACUCGUAGCACAAUAUCAGGAAUGGGUACGCAACGGUGCCCACGCAGCAUAUUCCAUGCAGCGAAUAAGCAUCACGGAAAAACAAGAGCGCAAAUACAGCAAAGGCGAUUUCUGUCAACUUGAGAAAGAAAUUGAAGCUGCAAAUGACGCUCGAAGUUUAUUCCGAACUCGCAAUGGCUAUCUUGGCAUUGGGGCACAAUCGCUACGUCCACUUGACGAAGUUUGGAUUCUGGCAGGUGCCUCAGUUCCAUUCAUCCUCCGAAAAUGUGAAGAUGAAUCCUAUGAGUUGGUCGGAGAAGCAUACUUACAUGGUGUUAUGCACGGAGAAGCAUUAGAAUGGGGACUUGAUUUGAGGAGUAUAUCGUUAAAAUAG